AUGUGUUUUGCAUUUCUUUUGUGCUGGCUUUUAAUUCUAUCUUCAUGCGGCAGUGUGAAGUCCUGUCUGCAGUGUGACCAGGUUGUUCGUUACGUACAUGAAGAUUUCCUUUCGUCUGUCACAGGUAUUACUGUCCGUGAUCAGAUUGAACUGAAGGAAAUCAUUCAACAUGCUUACAACAACUAUCGAGAGACCAGUAGAUGGUUUCGUGGUGUCAUAGAUCCUACAACACUUUAUCGUGCACGAACAGAAUAUCAGAGCGAGUUUAAGAGGCACUGGAAAGAACAAAGAACAGGUUCACUUCAGUGGGAUAUGAUUAAUAUAGUGGAGAAAGGAAGGAGAAUUCUGCAGAAACAUUUGGAGCUUUUUGUUGCACAAGGUCUGUGUCCUAAUAAAUGUGGACUGUUCUAUCAGAAAGUAAUGAAUUGCUCUUCCUGUCAGUAUGGACUUUAUACAUGUCUAUCAGCUACACCACCAUUAGACUGUGGAGAACAUCAUCUAGUGGCAGAAGAAGGAGAGGGGGUGGUGCUGGACUGUUUUCUGUCUUGGCACACUUUGGUAGUUGGACAGAUGGAGUAUCAUUACUCCUGGCUCCCAGCAAAUAAUCUGUCGCAUGAUGGGGAGUAUGAAGAGCUGGUUGUGACAGAAGAUUCUAAAAUAGUACUGAAUCAACUGAGAGUCAGUGAGCAGGGCCUGUACCGCUGCCUCUUACAGGACCAGAAGGGUACUACACUGUCUCGCGUUUACUUCAAUCUGACAGUCGACCCAUUGCCAACUACAGCCCCUAGACUGAUUGUGACAUUGCCUCCUUUGCCUUUGGGUUAUGAAUCAACCCCUCCUUCCCUACAUAGGAAGGCUUUCCUUAUUAUGGUUAUUUUACUGACUGUUCUCAGCAUCACUGGCAGUCUGGUCAUCAUAAUUUACUUUGGGUAUGACAGAUUGACUUGAUAAAAUCAUAACAUUACAAAACCAUGUUUGGACAAAGAAGUAUUUUAACUGGGUAU